GUACAAAUAGUAGUGGCUCGUAGAAUAAACCUCUGCCGUGGUUCGACUCACAAUGCCAUCUCACAUCCUACAGACUGCAGGAGAUACAUAAUGUGCUAUAAGUUCAGACCCUAUGUGUAUAUUUGUCCUUUUAAAUUGUACUUCGAUCCGGAUACCAAUAAUUGUCAACCAUGGAAAUCACCCAAAUGCCACAAACCGAAACCGCCAAUAAUACCCAAACCCUCACCACUUCCCUGUCAACAAACAACACCUCCUCCAACAACAACAACUUUACCAACAACAACAACAACUGACUCUACAACAACAACAACAAAACCACGAAUAGAAUUCAGAAUCGCUGCAGAAGAAUCUUCAUUAGAAUCUAUAAAAACUAAACACAUAUCUUCCUCUACACAUCCUUCAAAAUCAACAUUACAACGCAUAGCUCCAACACCUAAAACAACAACAAAACAACACUCUGGAUCAACAACAGAAAACAUAUCCUUAAAAUCUGUACAUCAUGACCCAUUAAAACAAUCAACAUCAUCUAUGAAAACAGAAAAUCUACAAGGGCUAUCAAAAUCUGCAUCAAAAUAUUCAACAUCAUCAAAGAUACCAGUUUUGUCAAAACAUCCAAAUAAUUUACUUUCAACCGCUUCACCGCGAUCAUCACAUAAUAGUAACCAUCUUCAUUUGAUACCAGUCUCAGUAGAUACUAAUUUACCAUCACAAGAAACAUUGAGAACAGGCUCUGAAUCUAAACAACUUACUAAAGAUACAUCGGAACAAGAUGAUAUACCGCUUGAAAAUAGCCCAUCAUUACGCUUUGCGCUGCCGAGAAAAAGAACUAAGUCUGUAAGAAAAUAUAUGCCAACGACAACACCGCCGCCAACAACAACUACACAAGCGCCUACAACAACAACCACUCGAGUGCCAACAACAACAACUACACAAGCGCCCAAAACAACUACAACAACAACAACACCACCCACAACAACAACCACUACUACAACACCUCCAACAACAACUCAAGCACCAAAAACAACAACAACUACACCACCCCCAACAACACCAGCACCUACAACAACA